GAUGACAUGCUAUGAAAAAGAUUCUAGACUCGACGCGCAAGAGUUGCAAGUACAAAGAUACAUCUAAAAACUUGCUGGGAAUCGCAUGAAGUAGUCUUGGUCCAUCUGCUUCGGCAGAUUUUAACCCGCCAUCAUGUCUCGUCCAGAAGACACCCUUCCCCCAGAUCUCCAUUAUAAUGACACAGAAGCAAGGAAAUACACCACCUCUUCUCGAAUACAAAACAUUCAGGCUUCCAUGACCAACCGCGCCCUCGAGCUCCUCGCCCUCUCCUGCCCCUCCGUCAUCCUCGAUGUCGGCUGCGGUUCUGGCCUCUCAGGCGAAAUUCUCUCUUCUAUCGACCCUUCAGAAGGCGGUCCUCAUGUAUGGGUUGGAAUGGAUAUAUCAGCGUCUAUGCUCGAUGUCGCUCUUCAACGAGACGUGGAGGGCGAUCUGAUGCUCGCAGAUAUUGGACAAGGAGUCCCCUUCCGAGCUGGUAGUUUCGAUGCAGCGAUUUCGAUAAGUGCGAUACAAUGGCUUUGUAAUGCAGAGAGCAGUGAGGUUUCAUCGGCGGGGAGGCUAUCGAGAUUCUUUAACGGGUUGUAUGCCAGUUUGAAGAGAGGGGGACGAGCGGUUUGUCAGUUCUAUCCGAAGAAUGAGCAACAGAGGACGAUGAUCAGCGGCGCAGCGAUCAAGGCUGGAUUUGGAGCGGGUAUCUUGGAGGAUGAUCCUGGAACGAAGAAUAGCAAGCUCUAUUUGGUGUUGACGGUUGGUGGCUCCGCUGAUGAGGGAACUGGUGGGGAUAUCACUGGGGUGGUGAAGGGGAUGGAGGGUGUGGAUGUUCUGGAUGCGAGGAAGAAGCACAGAGAGAAGGGGAGAAGAGAUAUCAAGAAAGGAAGCAAAGCGUGGAUCUUGAGCAAGAAAGAGCAGAUGGAACGGAAAGGAAAAGUGGUGAAGAAUUCCUCGAAAUACACUGGACGGAAAAGACAUAUCACGUUCUAGAAGAUGGGAUAAGUAGAGCUGCAUUGCAUGGCGUACAGUGGAGUAAUUGAUUUUGAUACCAAGACCGGGAGCUUCAGCGAAGUUUCUGUGCAUGAGCUUAAGCCUUUGUUGUACAAGACCCUGUUUGAGCCUGCCAGGACUUGAAUCUUGUUGAAACAGCAAUGGCAGCAGCUAUAAAAAGUCUGCCACCCUGACAUGGUUCAGAGAAGCAUUAUUCUUCCUCAGUCAUUUGGAAUAAUCUGCGAACCUACAAGCAAAGCAAAAUCGCCAAAUUUCCCAGAUCAGCGAAUUCUUCCCGCAACCACUCCAUUUUAGCAAGUCAUCCAGCGUGCGUUUGACCAUCUUUGACCCUCUUCUCGCAACCGCAGC